AUGUCUAACCACUCAUCUUGGCGGCUGCUGCCGGCCACCGCUCCGGGAAUCCCCACCCUUCUCGUCUCAACAGCCUUCACGGCCGACUCCUACAGCAUUCAUUUCUCAGACCUCGCCAACUUGUGGGUCGAGAGCUUGGAAAGGAGGCCUAUCAUCAAGCGAGGGAUGGUGGAGGAUACGAGCAUCGACCCCAGUGAUGGCCCCGACCAAAUCCGAAAGAUGCUCGAACUCCUGCGGGCCGCCUUUGACACCAACGAUGCCGAGCACCGAAGCACGUCGCUGACUCUCUCGCGGGGCGAUGAUGACGACUCCCUCGUGGUCCACGUCACUUGUGUACUGCCAAAACCGUUGAAACCCUUCAAGUGGCCAAUGCAUUUGAAGAAAUGCCCACAGUCAGCCCUCGCGUCCGAACUUGUGCUCCCCAUGAUACAGGCACAGGAAGCACGCGCGCGCGAGAUCGACCAGCUUAUCGCGCUCCUUCAAGAGAAGGAUAGCGUCAUCUCUCGACUCAUCGACAAAUUGGAAGGCACGGGCACAGGGCUCGAGUACGUCUUCAACGCUCUGUCUGGAAAGCGUAAGGUCACUCGAGCCACAGCUGAGGGACGGGUCAAGGGUCUUGCCCCCUUCGCAGAGUCCGAGUUCCGGAGCCAAGCCCCAAACCUUCACACCAUCACGCAAUCCUCCGACGUUUCAUCUCUCUUGGGCUCGGUUUUCGGUCCUCCCGGCCUGCAAUACAAGUCAGACCUAGAAUUAGAGGCAUCAACAGCGCUGGAUGGCUGGUGGGCGAACCUAUCCAAAGGCGGGAAUGUUCUUCUGUCGGCGCGCUCAGAGAAAGAGAUAUCACAAACGAUCUCUACACCCCGAGGGCCUGAGGUGGCCAAGGAAGAAGAUGACGACUUCCAAGUCCAGGCUACACCACCAGGCGUAAAGUCCACCCACAAACGCGGCAGCCCUUCCAAGGUGGUCGACGAUGACGAGACCUCAGACGGCGAAGACACGACGGAGGCACCAGCUCCCGCCGCAUCCCCGGCCAAGCCCAAGGCAGCGGUAUCCAAGCUUGGGACAAUCGGUAGGCAUACAAGGCCAUCGCCGCCUCCACCUCCCAGCGUUCCAGAGCGGUCAGCCAAACCCCAAACCGCAGCGUCCGAUACCCACUCCGAGACGGCUUCGGAACUGGAUGAGGAUGGCACUGCCCACGUCUCACCUCCUCCACCCCCCAAGCCAGUCCCAAAACGGGGCGGCUUGGGCCGGAUUGGCGGCAAACCAAAACAAGAAGAGCCAUCCAUACCCGCACGCUCACCGUCUCCAGCGGCCUCUCUGGAGGAGCCGUCAAGCCAGUUGCCGAGGAGGAACAAGCUGGGUAUGAUUGGGAGAAAGGCCGCAACCCCAGAUGCAUCGGCUACCAGUACGAGCGACGAGACAAGGGGUCGAAGCAAAACCCCUGCUCUGGAACCCAAGAAAGAACAAGUGCGGGAGACGUCACAAGAACGGGCUGAUCGCAAGCGGGCUGAACUUCAGAAAGAGAUGGAAAAGCGAGCCGCAGCAGGCCCGGCGAAGAAGAAGCGGAAGUUCUAA